CCACUCAGCUUCCUGUUCCUUCACUAAACAACAACAGCUGGAAGCAGCUCACUCACUAAACAUGGCUUCUAUGAUGAUGGCCGCCACUAUGGCGAGCAUGAACGCCCACAGGAUGGAGGAGAAGAAGUUCGAGUACUUCUCCUCCAUCAACUCCAUGGCGAAGAAGAUAAUGCAGGAGCGGAAGAAGAUCGAGAGGAAGCACGGCCCGUCGUGGGAGACGAUGACGCCGCAGCAGCAGGACAGCGCCAUCGACAACGGGAUGAUGGACCCGCACAUCAGAGCCCGGUACGCGAUGCACCGAGUGGACCGAGACGAGGUGGUCUGUUACCCGAAACUACUCAUCCAGACCGGGCAGAAGAUCGUUCACUUCGGGGAGGAGGAUAUUACCUGGCAAGAUGAGCAUUCUGCCCCCUUCUCAUGGGAAACAAAGAGCCAGCUGGAGUUCAGCUUGUCGUCAGGCCCAGCAGACCAGGCGAUCUCAACCUCACAGGCCGAAUCAAAGGCUGCAAAGGUUCCUCACUCCAACCAGAUUGGCAAGAGUACGCCAGGAGUCAAGGUGUCUGUGAGCGAGGGACGGAGGCCAGAGGAAGAGUCGUCCUUCUGGAAGAUCAGCGCCGAGAGGUCCCGGCUGGAGGGAGAGCAAGCCGACUUCCAGUCCCUAACCCCCAGCCAGAUCAAAUCCCUCGAGAAAGGAGAGAAAUCCCUCCCCUCCUACCUCCGACAGGAGAGCUCCGUCACCACCAAGGAGCCAGAGGCAGCAGACCCCCACCCUCCAGCUGCUAACAGGUCCACCAAGCAGCGAGCACCCCGACCUCCCGCUCCCCCUCCCCAACCCCCUAUCCCUGUCGCCGUCGCAGUCAGUGCAACACCGGCAUCCAUCUCCAUUUCGCCAAACCUGCCGCCACCUGUCAGCGUGUCGUCGUCCAUCGCAGGAUGGGAGCGAUCUCAGAGCACCCUGCCGGCGGUCAGCUACACCGUGGAUGAAGUGUUCUCCUCUGGCAUGAUGCCUAAGCCCUCCAGCCACCCCGCUGCCUCUGUGGCUCAAGAGGGAGACGGUUCCAGCCCCACCUUUGGCCAGUAUAACACCAGCAACAACAUCCUGAAGACCGGGUUCGACUUCCUAGACAACUGGUAAACCUCAGCCGAGUCCAGUCACCGCUAUGAAUGAAUCAUUCUCAUCGUCACUCUACAGAAGAACCACACUGCCAUGACUACAGACAUCCACAUCUAGAUUUAACACACACCAGUUCUCUAGAAUGACCACAUUAUAUUGUUGUGAUUAUCUUCAGUGGCUUGUUAAGACAUUAUCUCACUGCCUGUGUGCUGGUGUUCUCUCUCUCUCUCUGGUUAGGUUUGAAUCACUUAGAUGCCUUGUUCACUAAAUGCAGAGUGAGCAGGGAUUUUGUACCCCCCCUGACUGUGCAGUCACACUGCGAUCAGCUCGGUUGAAAGAUUUACACAAGAGAACUGCAUCAAAAUAUAGAAUAUUAUGAUAUUUCUUAACUGCUAGCUAUGGCUGCUUUUACCCUGAAGUCUGUCAAAUAAACGUUGUAAAGGAAAUGGGAAGUCUUGGAAGUGAGAAUAUCCAAUGUUUUUUAUUAGGGCUGUACCUAAUAGUUCAUAACAUGGACAUUCAAUUUCUAAAUCAACAUUCAAAUGCUGCACAGCUUCUUUUUUUCUGGUAUUUCUGCACAGUUGCAGAUAAAGAUUAGGCUACAGUAAUAUUAUCAUAUUAUUUGUAGAGUUAGAUUCCAGUGGUUGUAAAGUCCAAAAGUCAAAAUGUAUUGAAAAAAAAUAUAUAAUCAUCACAACAAGUUUUUAUCUGACAAAAUAUUCUGCUUAAAUCUGUAUUUGUUGGCGUUUAGCCUUUCAAAAACAACAUUUUCACUACGGUCAAAAACGGUUUGCUCUCCCGCUCGCCACACACAGAGAGGCACUGAUGAGUUAUUUUUUUUUUUUUCAAUAUAUUAUAAAAGAAAAAUGACAUUCGGUACAGCCGUAGUUGUGGAUGCAUUUUCUCACAAAUUUGCUACCUGGUCGACACAUUAGCCAUAUUUACCAGGUGGUAACUGUUAACCUGCUGAUCACGUAGCUUGCAGUGUGAAUGCACAGUACCGGUGUGACUUGGCUGCCUUCACAUGUAACUUUUAGACACUAAUCUAAGCAAGCGAGGCCAUUUUUGAGUACCGUAAGCAUGUCAAAUUGUCAUGUGUGCAAAAACACUAGAACACAUCCAUUUCUUUAUUAUGUUUUAUUUUUGUUAUGAAGAUUUUGCUCUCUGAUGUGCUUUUUAUUUAUACGUAUCUAUAUAUUCCUAUAAGCCUAAGAGUUUUAGAGUUAAAGUAGUGCUCCGUACUGCAGUCCAGUUACUACAGACAAUGUCCCCCGACUGGUUAUGGAAUUCCUGGAAUAUCAUGGAUUUUUUUUGAAAGAUGUUCAGAUGGGAAACAUCAUGGAAUUUUACCAUUGGAUCAUUUCACAGAUAUGAAACAGAAUGUAUUUUCCAACUUUCACACAGUCAUUGAAUUAGAUGGUUUUCAGCGAGUGGAAACUGAAACAAAAAAGAAACGGGAGGAAAGAACAGCUCAAACUCGGAAAACUGAAUGUCCGGGCUGCCGUGGGAACCUGUUACAGACGUCCUGUAUGGAUUCCUCACCACCUCACCCCUCCCCAACUGUCACCUUUGACCUCAAACUAGUGCUGAGCAAAGCUAGUGUGCAUUUAUAAGAAUAAUAAUAAAAAAAGACGCACUCAAAUUUCGUGUAUUAGAUAAACAAGCAGGCAUGUAGUGAUUUGUACCACUUGUGUCAUAGAUCUAAAGUCCAGUUUACAUGACUAGAGUACUAUUUUACUGAAUUUUAUAUUUAUCUGCUGAUUGUAUCUUAUGCUAUACAUGUAUACUGCACUCAUGCAUUUUGAGGUCACAGAUUGGAAGGAAGUAAAUAAAUAAAUAAAUAAAAGUCAAACCUG